AUGAAGUCCAACACUCGAGCCAGUGAUUUUGGCAGUCUUCCGCCCCAUCCGCUCAUAUAUGCUUCCCUUGAACCUUGCUACUCGCCCAGUUUUGUCCAACGCAUAGAUCUCCACAGACCUCAGACAAGAUUCACACUCGGACGCAGCCCGCAAAACGAUUUCGUAUUGGAAGACCGGCAAUCUGGACAAAUUGAUUGGGUACACUGCACCAUCGCAUUAGAUGAGGAGGGCGUCAGACUAACGGAAAACCAUACCACUAAUGGCAUUUGGGUCAACGGCAAACGUCUAAGCCCGGGAGAACCGUGCGUGCUCCAAGAUGGCGAUUCGGUUCGGUUCGGCCGGUGUCAACUCGCGUGCUACGACCAGCACGAGAGGGGUUUCGGUUAUGAACGAGGGCGGGCGUACUCGUAUACGUUCCGCUCAUUCAUAUCGCGCUCACCACCUGGGCUAUCUGCGGUGCAUCAGGGUCUGCGCGAGCAGUAUGAGAGGCUCGAGCGCAAGAAGGCUGCGCUUGUAGCCGAACGUGCGCGUCUAGAGCGAGGGCUCCACGAGAUCGAAGACGAAGCUAGUCAGAUUGUACAGUCUAUGCCACCCGUUCCACCGACUAAACUCGCGGUUAUAGAGAAGAGAAAUCAGAACCAUUAUGCCCGUUUAGCGAUGCUUCUCCGGGAAGACUACCCUGGUUUCUUCCCGGAGGAUAUACGCGACUUCCGGCCACAACCUUGGCUACUGCCUGUGGUAGGGCCAGAGCACCCAAUACCGCUUCAUGAGAUGCAUCGGUCAUUUGGGGCAAUACCGAUUGAGCAGCCUCCACCUUUGGAAAAAGACAGCCGCAUAUUCCAAUUCAAUAGGGCCAUGCACGAUAGCGAGGCACCUGACUGGAACGAUCCCGAAGUCGUCUGGGGCGAUUUACAAUAUCUGAAUCUCAGCUCGCCGCUCAUGAUCCCGCCAUCGAUCAUAUUCUGGUCCAUAGAAUACGCCCUACCGGUGUACAUGCAUCCGAAGUUUCCCGGGUGUUCACGCAAAGGACCCUACGCUCACCCUUACGCUCAGAGCGAAUACGUCUUCUCGGAUGAAUCAGCUGCAGCUCAUCGCGCCGAACUGGGUCUACAACCACUCGAAAACCCUACUCCCUUGCGCCCUACUGAUGCUCUCAUGUAUCGUGUCAAGACGUGCAGGACUGUACCGGAUGAAGACGAUCUCGCUGAAUGGGUUGAACUUCUGUCUUCUCGCAAACGCGCUCCUGCCUCAUCUCGAGAACCUUCGCCCGAGGCGUCCUCACCGGUGGGCGAAUCUCCACCGCCUACUCUUGCACCAGCGUCUAUCAAGCGACCACGCGCGAGUGAUGCGGUGACUGAGGCCGACUCGACCGCGCACCACUCAUCCGAAGAACGUUCGGCCUCUCCUACUCUCGCAUUAUCAUCUGAACACGAUGACCAUGCUCAUGACGAGGGUCCUGACAAGCUUGUCGGUCCAGGACAUCCUUUGUCACAGCAUCCCGCAGAUACUCCUAUCCAACCGCUCAGAUCGAAAUCGAGCUCUGAUAAAGCCCUCGUUUCGCGCGACUCCGCUGCCACUCGCCCACCGAAGCGGCGAAAGACCUCUCAUUCAUCAAUGCCAAGUCCGACGAUGGCCGUCGGCGCACCUACGGCUCCUCACGAAGGCGAGACUGCCCUGCGCACGUCGCCAGAGCCAGAGCCAGCGAGUGCAUCGUCCGAGGUUUUUCACGCCUCGCCACGGACAACAAGUUCCACGAAGUCCUCAAGCACCCCGCCGGAGCCCUCGAGUCUAGAGGCGGACCGCCCUCCGGUAGAACUAACUGUGUCUACUGAUGACGCCCCCAAGAUAUUGUCCGAUUCGUCGCCAUCUACCCAUGAGGUGUCUACUCGCGGUGAUUCGUAA